AUGAGCCUCUUUCAGUACGAGCCGCUAGACCUCACGGGGCAAUCUUUCCGACUCCUCAUGCUUCAUCCUGGAUCCACAAGCCAGAUAUCAUGCGAUAUCUUUCAAGCAAGUCUGGAUCUGGAUGUGAUCAUCCCCUACGAAGCCUUGUCCUAUGCCUGGGGCAGCACAGAGCUCUCGGCCUCCAUCACAGCCAACGGGGAAACCCUUUGCAUCACGAACAAUCUAUUCACUGCUUUGAAAGAUCUCCGAGACGACUUUUUGAGCAGAGUCAUGUGGAUUGACGCUAUCUGUAUCGACCAGAACAACAUUGCUGAGCGAGGCCAUCAGGUUGGACAGAUGGCCAGCAUCUACAGAAAAGCGGAACAGGUCGUCAUAUGGCUGGGCCCUUCCACGUUUGAGAGAAAACUAUUGCUGGAAUGCCUAAGAAAGCUUCAACAGGGAUGGAAACGCCAGAAAAGUCACGCAGAUCUCACUUGGGCGCAAAAGAAUGGGUCGGCGAUCCGCCACAGCUCAGAUCUCGAUCAGGCUGUCUUCGCCGAUGUCCAAAGAAACGCCCUCGUUUCUCUCCUGGAUGAGCCUUGGUUUACCAGGAUAUGGGUCUUGCAGGAAGUGUCAAAUGCGCGCGCAGCUUCGAUCUAUUGCGGGAGAUGGUCCAUUCAGGCUUCCACGCUGAAUAUCGCUGCGAAGGUUAUUGGCGUCGCCCCAGACGAUGGAUGCCAAGCGGUUCUGGACCUAUUCCCAGAUUCGUUUACCCGGAGAUCUCCAAGAAAGAACAUGCUCUCGGUCUUGUUGCAACGAUUCCGAAAGAGCAAGGCGAGCGACCCUCGGGACAUGGUCUACGCCCUGCUUGCAAUAGCCUCUGACGUAUCGCAAAGCGACUCGGGAUCACUACUUUUGCCGGACUACUUCAAGACCGAAGAGCAGCUCGUUCAAGACCUCAAAAAAUAUUUGUUUCUUGAUUUGAGAUAUUGCAAGGUUAUCCUCGCGCGGACGAUGGUAUCAUUUCUUGAAGAGUUACCUCAAUGGACAGGAAGAGUACUCAAUGGAAUUGUGGCUGCCGGCAUCCCAGACCACAUUCGUACGCUUCUUGAAAGGGGACAAAAGUUCACCGUAAACAAGGAAGUCAUUGAUAAAAUACACCACUGGAGACCUGCCGAGGCCCUUUCUAAUCUAAGUCAAGUUGAACACCCUAAUUUCCAGUUUGAUCUGGAAGGUGUAGAGUCCUCAUUGGAGCUCUGCGACUAUGCAACGGCGGAGAAGCUUUUGCGCCUUUACGGAGAAAAGAUCAGUAUUAAUCCCAAAUUCUUGAAUCAGCUUCUCGAAAUCGGCAGGAAGAAGAGCCUGGAGAAGAGCCUGGAGAGAUUAGCGCGAUGCUCCUCGAAUGGUUAG